UUAUGGCAUUCGUUCAUGUCCUACCUGUUGAUGACACCUGAAACGGCCCAUGAGCGUAAUGAAUUGAUGAUAGACUUGCGUAUAUUACACGAUGCAGAUUCUCCCCUGACCAUUCAUUGAGCACGUCAGUCUACGCUCAAACGAACCACAAUCACUUACCCACCAUGGCGUCUGCGGUGUUCUUCCUCGAUCUGAAGGGCAAGACCCUCCUCGCUCGAAACUAUCGAGGCGAUAUACCCAUGGCCGCAGUGGAAAAGUUCCCAAUUCUACUUUCCGAAGCUGAGGAGGAAUCAUCCGCGGUUCCUCCAUGUUUCUCUGAUGAAGGAAUCAAUUAUCUCUACAUCCGCCAUAAUAACCUCUAUCUUCUUGCGCUGACGAAACGAAACACCAACGCCGCUGAGAUCCUCCUAUUCCUGCACAAAAUCGUGGAAGUCUUCACCGAAUAUUUCAAAGAGCUGGAGGAGGAAUCAAUACGAGACAAUUUUGUCGUUAUCUACGAACUGCUAGACGAAAUGAUGGAUUUCGGUUACCCUCAAACGACCGAGUCCAAGAUCCUGCAAGAAUACAUUACUCAAGAAUCACACAAACUCGAGGUGCAGGCACGACCACCUAUAGCCGUCACCAACGCCGUGUCAUGGCGAAGCGAAGGCAUAAGAUAUCGCAAGAACGAGGUCUUCCUCGACGUGGUCGAGUCGCUCAAUCUGUUGGUGUCUUCGACCGGCAACGUGUUACGGUCGGAGAUUCUGGGUGCUGUGAAGAUGAAGUGCUACCUGUCUGGUAUGCCAGAACUGCGACUCGGUCUCAAUGACAAGGCUAUGUUCGAGAGUACAGGAAGGGCCACACGAGGAAAAGCUGUCGAAAUGGAAGAUGUGAAAUUCCACCAAUGUGUAAGACUUUCGAGGUUUGAGAACGAUCGAACCAUCAGUUUCAUUCCCCCAGAUGGCGAAUUCGAGCUCAUGAGUUACCGCCUGAACACCGCUGUCAAGCCCUUGAUUUGGGUCGAAUGUGUGAUCGAAUCUCACUCUGGAUCCCGGAUCGAAUACAUGGUCAAGGCUAGGGCUCAGUUCAAGAGGCGUUCGACUGCCAACAACGUGGAGAUCAUCAUACCAGUUCCGGACGACGCGGACACGCCGCGUUUUCGGACAAACGUCGGUUCCGUGCAUUAUGCACCCGAAAAGUCUGCGAUCGUAUGGAAGAUCAAGCAGUUUGGAGGCGGCAAGGAGUUUCUGAUGCGGGCAGAGCUUGGAUUGCCUAGCGUCAAGGGCGACGAUGAACGCGGCGGCGGCAUGACUGGUGGGUUUGGCGGCAGUAUGGGAGGUAUCUCCGGAGAAGGCAAAGGGAAACGACCCAUCAACGUCAAGUUUGAAAUCCCUUAUUUCACUACCAGUGGUAUCCAGGUGAGAUAUCUGAAGAUUAUCGAACCAAAGCUUCAAUACCCGUCUUUACCUUGGGUGCGCUAUAUCACUCAAUCCGGCGACAUUGCAGUCCGCCUACCUGACGUGCAAGGUUGAGACACUGCGUGACCAAAGCCGACAAUAACGCCGCAUCGCCCGCAAAAGCGCAAUGAUUGUCCACGCUUGACCGUGCUUGUCUAGUCGGCGCCUCAGCUUCGCUGUCUCGACUAAUGUGAAACUGAGGAGAACUACUUCCAGCCUUCAUUUGCCGACGAUGGAACAAUUCUCCGAACACCUCUCCGCUGAAGGAUGCCGGU